CCCAUUUAACAUGAAGCCAGGCACUGGAACCUGCAAGGUUUGCAUUAGGGACACUGCUCAAGUUUGCAUGGAUGUGGAGUUUCCCAGGAAUCCUUUAGUUAUACAGGACCCCCAUUAAUGAAGAUUGGGGAGAUAACCACCCUACUUUAUAGGGGGUCCUUCAGACACCUGCCAGACCAGCUGUGCGGCCUGGAAUGCCCAGGCAGGGCAAUCAGAGUGGACAUUCUUCUUUCACUCCUCAUAUUUCUUAGCAAGCUCAAAGUCUUAGCCUAAGAAAGGGGCCACACUUCAGUAGAAGGAGGCUCCUGGGUUGUAUCGAUAGAUAGAUAUCAAGUUGAGGACCCUAGAUGAUGAAUGUAGAGACCACUGACUCCAGAGCAGUGGUAUUCCACAGAGACUCAAAUCUGCUGUAUGCCUCUCAGGACCCAAACAUCCUUGGCCUAGUGUGGCUCACUCUUCCACCUGGGAGGUCUCAAGAAGGAGCAGUCCUUGAUCUGAGCAGAGUAACCUCAUGUCAGGGAAGAUGGAGUCACAUGAUUGAACAGGAGCAAUGUCAGGUCCCUGAGUGAGCAAAGAGGACAUCACUAGACCCACAAAUGAGGGAGCUUUACAAACCCCUGCACCCAUCUUAACCGUGGAGAGGCCUCAGGUGGAGCUGUGAGCCUGAGAAGCCUCAUUUCUGCCUGGUGAGUCUCAGGAUGAGAGCCUUGUCUGACAGGGUGCAGGCCCCAGUUCUGCAGAGGGAGACGUCUUGGCCGUAACCAGAGUGAGGGAGGCUCACAGAGUCCUGCCCUCUUUUCAAGCCUAUGGGGCCCCAGGCAGAGGUAGUCGGAAACGGGGCAUCCUGACUCCUCGCCAGGGACUCGGAAAGGUGAGGGUUCGCUUUGGGGGCUGGCAGACUUGGGUCAGUAGGGGGAGGAAUCCCAGGCUCUGAUGAACACCAAGGUGAGGACACUGAAUGACAACCUAAAGACCACUGACUUCAGAACACUGCGAUCGCAUAGAACCAUGUCCUUGCUGUCAGCCCUCAGAACCCCACGUGGCCAUGGCCGGAUAUGAUGUAUCUGAACUUCCGCUUUGGAACCGCGGGCCUCGCCCAGUGUUCGCAGCAUUUCUUCUGCCAAGCAACGGAAGAUUACUUCCCAGGAGUUCUUUGAAGUCAAGGUUGGUGAGAGCCUUUGUUUGAGGGGAGAAACAUCAGAUCAGCAGAAGAAGGUGUCCCAGGCCCUACCUAGAGCCAAGAUCACCUGCUGUCCCUGACCACAGUCAUCAUGCCUCGGGCACAGAAGAGUAAGCUCUGCACCGGGGAGACGCGCCACCAAGCCCAAGGUGGGACCCAGCCUCAGAGGGGUGCUCAGGCCCCUGCGGCCACGGAACAAGCAUUCCCUUCCUCGGCCUCUCCUCCCUUUGAAGUUCUUACUCAGAGAAAUCCUGCUGCCAGGUCACGUAGAGCUCCCAAGAGGUCUCAGAGGGCCGUGUCCGCCACCACAAAGUCUGCAGGUGUUUCUCGCACAAGAUCAUACAAAGGAGCCGACUGCCAAGUUGAGAAAAAGCAAAGUUCCGUCCAGUCCCCACUCUCCAUUGUGCAGUCUCAGGGGGACCCUGUAAGCAAAAUAGCGAGUGUUUUGGUACAGUUCCUGUUGGACAUGAGCAGAAUGAAAAGGCCCAUUAUGAAAGCUGAUAUGCUGAAGUUUAUCAAUAAAAAGCAUAAACAUCGCUUCGUUGAGAUCCUCAAAAGAGCCUCUUUCAGCUUGGAAGUGGUUUUUGGUGUUGACUUAAAAGAAGUCGAUCCUACCAAGCAUUCCUAUGUCCUUGUCAGCAAAAUGAACCUCCCCAACAACGGGACUAUAAACCGUGGCAGGGGGUUUCCCAAGACCGGCCUCCUGAUGAAUCUCCUGGGCGUGAUCUUCCUGAAGGGCAACUGUGCUGCCGAAGAGAAGAUCUGGGAGUUCCUGAGUAAAAUGAGAGUCUAUGCGGGGAAGAGGCACUUCAUAUUUGGGGAGCCCAAGAAGCUCAUCACCCAAGAUUUGGUGAAGCUCAAGUACCUGGAGUACCGGCAGGUGCCCAACAGCGAUCCUCCGCGCUAUGAGUUCCUGUGGGGCCCCAGAGCCCACGCCGAGACCAACAAGAUGAGAGUGCUCGAGUUUUGGGCCAAGAUUAACCAAACAGUCCCAAGUGCCUUCCACCCUUGGUAUGAAGAGGCUUUGAGAGAUGAGCAAGAAAGAGCCGAAGCCACAGUCACACUCCAGGCUGAGACCGAUGCUACGGCCAGUGCAUGUUCCAGGGCAUGUCCAGCAGCUCGACCUAGUGAGGUCGAGCCCGAUCCUUCACAUUGUGACUGAAGAGAGCAGUCAGUGUUCUAAGUAGUGGAGGCCUGGGUGUGACUGAAGGAACAGCAUGUAAUCCUUGGUGCUCCUGUUCUGUAUGGGUACUUUGGUGAUUUACCAGCAGUUUGAGUUUUUGCUACUUUUCAAAUGUUGCUAUUUUGAAAUGAAAUCUUACCUAGCCUUAUAGUGUAAAUUUAUGGAUUAUUUUGGCCUCACUUGUUAUCAGUUUAAAAGUUAGAGUGUUGCUGUUUCAUAAAACAAACUGGGAAAUUGCCCAUCUUAUUUAGUGUUCUGGUACAAAGUAGCAUGGCAUUGAAAUAUGAAUUUCCUUGAAAAUGUAAAAGGACUUAAGCAGUGAAAUAUAUGGAGUCAAGAAGUGGAGGAGAAGAGUAAGAUGGUCUGUAUUUGGUUUCCUAAUUCCUUUCACUCUGUAUUUUGUAACAUUCUAAAUAACAGCAUGUGUUUGACUAAUGGAAGAGUGUAGCAUCACAUUUUAAUGAAUUAGACUCACUGCUCACAGGCUCG